UUGUCGUUUUGUCUUUGAGUGCUGUGUAAUUUGACAAGUGUUUUAUUUCAUUUUAUUUUAUAGACCUAAUUCAACAAUUUUUCUGUCCAUCAACCGCAAAAAAAUAUUUGCAUUGCAAAGUAACCAAUACAAUCUAUUCGUGAAAUUGAUAUAAAAAAAUUGUGUAUCGUUCUUUAUCGUACUGUUUUAAUGGUCACUUUGUAUUUGCAAAGCGGAUGGACGCUUGUGUCACGCUAAUAGCUAGUUUGCAGUCGUAAUUAGGUAGUGGUCGUCGUGGGGAAUACCAAGUGUUGGUUGUGAUCGAUGGCCAAUUGAGGAUUUCCGCGACAUUUGGCGGGGUGCUGGUUCCCGCGGUACUGGUGACUCAUACGGAGAAUCUGUAACCAUGGACACGGAUGAUGGCGAAUCUUCCAGCAGUGGGCCAAUGUCCAGCCUGAACAGCCUUUUUUCGUUCACAAGUCCGGCUGUUAAAAAAUUGCUGGGGUGGAAACAGGGUGAUGAAGAAGAGAAAUGGGCAGAGAAAGCAGUGGACAGCCUAGUGAAGAAGCUGAAGAAACGGAAGGGCGCCAUCGAGGAGUUGGAGCGGGCACUCUCGUGUCCCGGCACACCGUCGAAAUGCGUCACCAUACCCAGGUCACUGGACGGGAGGUUACAGGUAUCUCAUCGCAAAGGUCUCCCUCACGUAAUAUACUGCCGCGUGUGGCGCUGGCCAGAUCUCCAGAGCCAUCACGAGUUGAAACCCCUCGAGAUCUGCCAGUAUCCAUUCAGCGCGAAACAGAAAGAAGUAUGCAUAAACCCUUAUCAUUACAAGAGAGUUGAGAGCCCCGUCUUACCCCCAGUACUGGUGCCGAGACAUUCCGAGUUCGCCCCCGGCCAUUCGCUCCUACCCUUCCAAAGGACGACCGAGCCAUCCAUGCCUCAUAAUGUUUCGUAUUCGGGCUCAGGCUUCCCUCCUUCUGCCAGUUCAGAGUUACCUGACACUCCCCCGCCCGCGUAUUCUCCUCCCUCGGACGACACCGAACCCCCUGGCGAGGUCGCCCCAGUUUCUUACCAAGAACCUCUUUAUUGGGCGUCAGUAGCGUAUUACGAGCUGAACUGCAGGGUUGGCGAAGUGUUCCACUGUAACACCCAUUCGGUAGUGGUGGACGGGUUCACUAACCCCUCGAAUAACAGUGACAGGUUCUGCCUGGGUCAGCUGAGCAACGUGAACAGAAAUUCCACCAUAGAGAAUACAAGACGCCAUAUAGGGAGGGGGGUCCACCUGUACUACGUAGGGGGGGAAGUGUACGCGGAGUGUCUAUCUGACGCGGCCAUAUUCGUGCAGAGCCGCAACUGCAACCACCACCACGGCUUCCACCCGUCCACCGUGUGUAAGAUCCCACCGGGGUGCUCCUUAAAGAUUUUCAACAAUAGGGAAUUUGCGCAGUUGCUCUCGCAGAGCGUUAACCACGGUUUCGAAGCUGUAUACGAGUUGACGAAAAUGUGCACGAUCCGGAUGUCGUUCGUAAAAGGCUGGGGGGCGGAGUACCACCGGCAGGACGUGACGUCGACGCCCUGCUGGAUCGAGGUGCACCUGCACGGCCCCCUGCAGUGGCUCGACAAGGUGCUCACGCAGAUGGGCUCGCCCCACAACGCCAUCUCGUCUGUCUCUUAGCUGCACUACACGUGCCCACACCCCACCGUUUUUGUACUUCGAAAUAUCUGGUAUUACCCAAAUCCAAUCUCAAACGUCAAGUGUCCACUUUUUUUUUCAUCUCUCCCUACAGAGAGUUUAUAAUCGACUGCUGUUCUAGUGUUGCUAGAUUCACAGCAAUCUUUUUUUUUUUUUUGUAACUACCCCCAAUAUAUACGAAUCGGCAUUUGUAUCCCGUUAAUGCUGCUCAAAUUUAAUGUCCAAGUUACAAAAAUAUAUUAGUUUAAUAAUAAAGACAUAAUUAAGAAUUAAUUAUACUCGUAAUGUUUAUGACAAGGUAAACGAUAUUAUUUGUGUAAAUAAUGCUUUUUGAAUAUUCGGAUUUAGUUAAAACUAAACUCUUUUUUAGGCGAACAACAAAGCACAAUGUUGUCAGAAAAUUAUUCAAUGGAAAUUGAUAUUAAUGGACAUACACACAAAUAUACUGUAAUUUUCAUAUAUAGACAUAAAUAUGUGUAGAAUAGACUAGUAAGUAUAGUUACGAAGAAUGCAAUUUUGAUUUUUGACUAACGUAUUUUAGACAGUUUUGUAGCUCCGUUGCUGAAUUUUAUUAUUGAUUAAUUUACUUGAUCCACGUGUGAAUAAAAUAAAAUUGGUGAUUGUAAUAGAAAAAUACUAUUAUACUUUUUUAAUGUGUAUAUAUUUAUAUACAAAAAAAAAAAAAACAUUAUUGAGUGUGGAAACUUGAGAUAGAGGGCGCUUUUUAAUCUACUGAUGGAAAGACAGUUUUUUUUGCGGUUAACAAAAAAAAAAGAUAAUGGAAUAUUGGUGUCUUCAUACAAUUUGUAUUAUAAUAUAGCGUGUUACAAUUGUAAAUGCCCACAUGUCCCAUAUGUGAACUAAGAGAAGAUUUGUUGAACACAAAUAAUUUAGUAUGGCAACAUUAUUGUUAAGUUGCUCUUCUAUACACGGAUUUUUGAAAAAUAACUCCAGUUUCCAAUCAGAAUGAAGCAAAAUACAAAUAUUGAAUUUUAUUUUUAAAUAUUUCAUGAGUAUUUUGAUACUGUAAUGUUGAAUUUUUCAUGUCAGAAGUUAUAUUAUUUCUGUAUAUGUAUAUAAUGUGCUAAGUCUGGAGCUACAAGGCUUUUGGGUAGCCGUAAGAUAGGUAUGUGUUCUUUAUAUAUAUAUUAUUGUAAUUAUCAAUAUGUGUGUACUCUAUUUUAAAGUUUACAAUUUAGAAAAUGUACCUAAAUAUACAUUUUGUUACACCAAAUGACAGAGCGGUAACUAAAAAGUAUAGUUUAUUUGUUUUUGAGGCAUACAUCGUUUGUGUUAGCGCUUUACAACCAGCUUUGUUGAAGCGUUAUAUAUAUAUAUAUAUAUAUAUAUAUAUAUAUAUAUAAAUAUAUAUAAAAAUAAGUAACAACAACAAAAACAACAAAAAUCGUCGUUGUCAUUUGGUAUAGGUUUGAUGUUAUGGAAAUCGUGCCAUCAGUGAAAAUAUAUCUAGUUGUUUUUUUUUUUUUAACAAAAUAAAUAAAAAAAAAAGUAUUCGUUUCUCUUCAAAAUUUUGGGUUAUAAUAAAACGAUAAUUUUCAGUCGGAAAAAAAUUGAGUAAUACAUAAAUGUAUGAGAAAAUAGUGAUUUUGCAUUGUGAAAAUAUAUACAUAACCAACUUUCGUCGGUCGUCGUUGAUAACUUAACCAAAUCGGGACAUCGUGCAGAAUAAAAGAUAUUAUUGAUCUCAGAAUAUUGAUUAAGAGUGCUUUAGUUCCUCAUCGUGAGCGACUGUAACGUGUCCCAUUGCCUUAUAUUAGUGCAAUUGAUAUAUAUAUAUAUAUAUAUAUAUAUAUAUAUAUAUAUAUAUAUAUAUAUAUAUAUAUAUAUAUAUAUAUAUAUAUAUAUAUAUAUAUAUAUAUAUAUAUAUAUAAAAAAAAAAAAAAAAAACAUAUAUUUAUAAAUAAUCCUAACGAGUACCAGACCAAAAUGUUUAAAAUAUUUCACCGCGAUUUUUUAAUCUGUAAAAAAAAAAAUAUUGGCAGUCUUAUUUUUGCAUGAAUCAUAGACUAAAAAACUGCCUUAACAAUUUAUAACCGUAAUAAAGUUUUUAACUUACUACGUCUAUUAUGGGUUUACGUAUAGUUUUCACAUUUAGAUCUAUUGAUGUUUGUAUAACGCCUCUGGUGGUUACAUUGCGAACUAAAAUUCGAAUCGAGUACAGAGUUGCCACAUAAAAAAAUCAAUCGAAAACUCAUGGUAGUAGGUAGUCAAUAAUACUGAUAAUAAUGUUACAUAAAAUGUAUUUUUUUUUAUAAGUAUGGUACUAAGAUUACAAUGAUCCGUUUACAAUAAUAAAAUAGUGUGUAGUGGGUUAUAUUUCAUACAAAAAUAUUUAAAUAAACUUAUUUAAAUAAAAAUAGUUUUGGAUAUUCGCUAAUUGUAAACAAUAAACAAAAUAACCAUUUAGGCUGACGUAAAUCUAGUUUUACAGUCUGCAGGCCUGAUGAUGUGCCUAUAUUGUACACUACCGUCCAUUAUUUAGAUUCUGUGUGUGUUUGUUUCGAGGAAAUUUCAAUUAGUUGAUUUUAUUUCACAUUUUCCAAUCCGAACUGUCAAAAUAAAUUUCAAAUUGGUUGUUGAUAGCAAACAAAAAUGUAAAGCACCAAUUUCAUACAAUAAAUCGUAAGUGGUGUUGCCAACUGUCAAAUAAAACCAAGUAAUUUAUUUAAACCUGACAACGAUUAAUAGCAAUGACAAGACCGUUUUAUCGGGCAUCGCAAUUUAUUUUAUUUAAAUUUAAAUUAUUCGAAUGGAUUUGUUUACAAGAACUUUUAAAUCGUCAUUUCUUUUUUUAUUAAAAAUAUUCUCUGUAAUUCCAAAUUCAAAAUUAACUUUAUUUAAAUAUAUUCAUAUCAAAGUUCUUUUAAAUCAUAUUUUUUUUUCUAAUUCUCUGAACAGAACCACACAGAAUAUUGCCAUACAUCUUAAUUCAAAUAUUGGCCUUAUAAUAGACUUAUUGGUUUGUUGUUGCGUAUUCGUGCCUUUAAAUGAACGACUACGGAUGCCUUACCUUUAUUUUUAUUUUAUUUUUUUAAAUAAAAUCUAGUAUUUAUAAACGGACAAGUUAAUUAUUGCAUUUUUCUAUAAUUUGACUGUAAGUGUAAUAUUAAACAAAUGAAGCCUUAUUAUACAUUUGUCAAUGUAUGAAACCGUCACGGGUUUUCUCUGAUAUUAAAUGGUUUUUGCAUGUCAAAAAAAAUAUAUUGAAAAAAAAAACAUAUUUAGCUAUUUGACAUGAGUAUUUUAAAUGAAUAUAUAUAUAGCUGUAUAGAACAUAAUGUAACUUAAUAUACAGGGUUAUUUACAAACAUUAAUUAUAACUGCACUAGUCCAAGUUUUGUUAAAAAUCUCAAAAUCUAUCGACCGUUUUAAGGGAAAUUGGAAAGGUAAAUAUUAGAUUGAAAAAUUGUUCUCGCGGUUAGUUCUGACGGGUUUGAACUAGCAGCUAUCGGUUGUACAGGCCGACUGCGUUCCCAGUUAUGGUUACCCACACCUACGAAUACCUAUAUAUUGUGCAUACAAAAUCUAUAUAAUGGCCCAAUAACAAAUAUAUUGGUUAUUCAAUAGAUAAUAUAAAAAUAAAUAACGCGAUUGAAAUUAAUAUAGAUAUCUAUUUAGAAUGGGUGGUAUUAAAAUAAAUGAUCUCUUUUUUUUGUCUCAAUCCAUGUUCAAUGCAUAGAUAUCGGUCUGUUUUUGAUAUCAUUCAUAUUACGUUUACACCACGGAAGGAAUGCAGUCCGAUGGCAAUUUUUUUUUAACUUCCUUUCCCAUCUCCAUUAAGAGUGGUGUCAAAUUUGUGGCGUUUAUUGGAAAAUUAAAAUUUUCAAUCUGAUAAUUAAUGUUCCCGAAUGUGUUGGUUUUUGAAUAUUAAAAAAAAAGUAGCGAUGGUAUUAAAAUGCGAAAAAUGCAAGUGAAUAUAUUAAAAUAAGAGUUCUUGUAAUUAAUUGUUAGUGGGCAGAGAGGUGGCUGAGGAAAUGGAUUUUUUUUUUGGAAAUCUUAAAGACAUUAAAAAUAAAAAAAAGUCUUAGGAGUAUGUCUCAAAUAUUUUUAAUGUCUUCAUUAGAUAAUUGUAUUGUAAUAUUCAAAGUAACCCUGUAUACAAUAAUUUAUUAUACAGGCCGUUAAGAAAAAAUACCCGGAUUUUUUUACAUGUGUAUUUCUGACCUAAAAAAAGUACUUUUAGUAUUCAUAUAUAGAUACGCCAUAUCCAUUUAUAUAUAUAUAUAUAUAUAUAUAUAUAUAUUCUGAACUUCUUAGUACAUCUUGUUUGUCACAAUAUGCCCCUAAGUUCAGUUUUCCCCUUAGCAUAGGCCUCUAACAAUUUCCACUGGGGUCUGUCACGCGCUACCCUUCUUCAAACAUGUCUAGCUGUGAGUUAGGUCUUCCCAUCUUUGUUGGCAUCCUCUACUCUUGCCAUUUCUCAUCUAUUCACAUAUAAGGAUAUAUCAAUGGAUAUGGCGCAGUUGCCACGCAAAAAUAGUUAGUUAUUCUCUCUAUUUUUGCAAAAAAAAUAUGAAAGGAAAAUAGUACGUAUAUAAAAUUUCUUUCGUCUUUUAUUUCUAUUUCUAUCUUACUCUUUAACAUUUAUCAAGUGAUUGAGGAAUGAAAUAGUCCACAAUUUAUAUAUGUAUAAUAAAGUGACACAAAACUUUUACCAAAUAUGUAUAGCCAUUUUAACAAGUUUAAUAUUUACCAGAGGGAGACUUUGUACAAAAGUCGAUUGCUUCGGUACCUCUGUCCCAAUCGUGUUUCAACCGUGAAGCAGUUGUGUUUGCAUGACUGUGUUUCGGUUUGAUGGGUGGGAUAUGACAGUCAAUUUACAGGUAUAGAGGAAUAACACCUGAGUCCUCAGGAAUGGCAACGCAUGGGGGGUAUCAUGGGCGAAACAGUAUACUCUGUUAUGUCCAUGGUACUGCUCAUCGUCGCCUAUAAACAAUAGGCGACGAUUACCACUUUCCAUCAGGUGGGCCGUCAGCUUGUUUGCCAUUGUAAGUUGUAUAAAACAAAAAAAAUAUGUGUAUUGAUACAUAUGUAUAUAUAUACACAUAUAUGUCAUAUACAUGAGUAAAAACAUGAAUUUUGCUUCUGUAUUAUUUUCAAAACGUAUCAUUUGUAAAAUUUAUUUUAGUUAUGGCAUACAACAUUUUCCUCAAGCUUUUUUUUUUAAGAAUUUUUACAUAUUUGAUUUUUAAUUCAACAGCAGUUUUUAAGCGGAUGUGAGUACCUAUUUUUAAUGUUAAAAAAUGAGGUCAUUUUUUAACAUUAAAAAUCGGGUAUUUUUUCUUGAAUGUCUGUAUAUUCAUAAUUUAAGUAUGUAUAUGUAUGACCAUAGAGUAAAGGAAUUAUUAUGUACUGAGAGCGCAUUGAGACAUGAAAAAAAAACUUGUUAAGUGUUGGUCACUGUGUGUAUAUACUGUAAGCGUAUAUAUGUUUAUAUGUAUAGACAUAAACAUAGGUUUAUGACGAACUGUUGUUUCCUUUUAGGAUGGUUUUGUAAGGUUUUCGGGUUUGGUAGUUUUCUUCACAAUUUUGUUUGUAUCGUCCAUGGAUAAUUCUGUCGAUUCUGAACGGUGUAGUUACUUAGGAUUUGAAAUUCUUGUGCUUACUAUCUUUAUAAAUUGUUUAUAUUGUAAUAUGUUUUAACCGUGAAGCAGUUGUGUUUGUAUGGCUGUGUUUCGGUUUGAAGGGUGGGAUAUGGCGUGAGUUUACUGGGUACAGAGGAAUAACACCUGAGUCCUCAGGAAUGGCAACGCAUGGGUGGUAUUAUGGGCGAGGCGGUAUACUCUGUUAUGUCCAUGGUACUGCUCAUGUCUAUAGGCGACGGUUACCACUUUCCAUCAGGUGGGCCGUCAGUUUGUUUGUCAUUCUAAGUUGUAUAAAAAGAAAUUGUUAAUUCUACAUGAUUUAUAAAAAUGAUAUGGGCAUGACUUUGCCAAAUAUCUAUUAAAAUAUACGUGUAUGUUCUAAGCCUAGAAAACACAGUAGUUUUUGCGAAAUAUUUCUAUAUAAAUCUUAUAGUAGUUUCUACGAGAACAAAAAAAAAAAAAUGGAAGACAUUUGACUAAAGCAUGGAUUAAAGCAAUCCAGUCCAAUGCAAUCAAAUUAAAUAGUACAUGGAAAUCCAUUGAAUAACAAAAUUGGGGUUGAUUCUAUGAUAGUAUUUUUCAAAUUUAUCUCUAAAUAAAAAAAAAAAAACUUCAGAAAAUAAAGAUCUAUUUAAUUUUAAUGUAAUUUUAACUCAAAUGUAUAUUGUACCGUAAUAUAAACUACCAAGCCCGAAUUGCUUUAAGUUGUGAGAUUUGGCUGUAUGUGUUGUGUCAGUGUUGGAUUUAUAAAUAAGAAAAAAAAAAAUACUUGGGAGCCAAGUGUGAGAUGUAUUUAAAAAUUGCAAUGUUUCCUUUACUCCUUGUUAGGUUUUUAGCUUUUUAUUUUAAACCGUUUUAUAUUACUCAUGUUAAUUAUAUUUCAUUAUUAUAUUAAUUUACUUGCAGCACAAUUAACGUGAAUUUUAACAACAGAAUAUUAUGAAUAUAUUUAAAUAGGUAUUUUGUGUGAAGGACUCAUAACUUCUGGAUUUUAAAUACAUAUUUGGUUCAAAUCAUUUGUUGAAAUAUAUAAAAAAAAAAUGUAAAAAUUAUCUAAUUAUGUUUUUAAUAAAUUAUUUGUAAUCAAAAAUCUGCUAAUAACUCUUUAUAUGAUAAAAUUAAACAAUAUACAACAAUAAAUUGUAUAAAUUUUCUUAACCUCAACAACUGUUUAAAAAGAAAUCGUUCGGAAUUUAAAAUAUUGAAAAAAAAAGUGUUAUUGGCAUAUUGGCUUGGCUUCCAAACUAUUUAAAAAUGUUAUUAAAAUUCAAGAUGUCCGAUGUUUCCUUUCGCUCGAGUAUAAUAAGUUAGGCGUAAAAGUAUAGCUGCCAUUGAUCGUGUAAUUUUUUUAGUGUAUUUUUCUCUCCGUUUAGUAAUAAAGUUCUUUUAUUGAGAA